UUUCCGUGAAACAAUAUUGAUUUUAUUUUAGCUGAUGAAUGAUUAUUACGAAUAAUAAUUAAUAAAGUAAUUAGUUAGAGGGUAGAGGGUAGAGGGUAGAGGCGUGGGUUGAAGAAGGUUGGAAAUGAUGGAAUGGGCAUAGGCAUAGGCAUAGGGAAAGAAUGGGGGUAGAGUGGUUACUGGUGUGCCAUGGUUUGGUAACUGCGCUGGUUAUCGUGUCGUUCCUCUGCGGUCGAUGGCCAAUCUUCGAGGGCACUUUCAUCCAACGCAUUCACCACUUCCUCACUUUCGGCGCUUACGAUUACUUUCUGCGUUUCGUUGGCGCUGUUUUCGGCUCCAAGUGUACGGAUGCGGUUCUCUCCCUCGAAUAUUACUGCUGCGAUCGUCCCAAUCCUCUUCUGCAGAUUAUUUAUACUGUGAUAAUUGGCGUAACGUAUUAUUUCAUUGUCAAGUCUUGCUUUGCCUACAUCCCUGGAUACUAUUUAAGUGGAAUUCACAGGUACACAAGCUUUCUGGCAGUUGCUGUUGGAAUUCUGCUCUUUCUUUUGACCAGCUUUUCUGAUCCUGGGACGGUUAGCACUGAGAAUGUUUCUCAGUAUCUUUCUGCUUAUCCCUAUGAUAAUAUUAUUUAUGCAGAGAAAGAGUGUACCACUUGCAAAAUUCCAAAACCUGCUAGGUCAAAACAUUGCAGCAUUUGUAAUCGCUGUGUAGCACGAUUUGAUCAUCACUGUGGAUGGAUGAACAAUUGCAUAGGGGAGAAAAACACCCGGUAUUUCAUGGCUUUUCUAUUAUGGCACUUCCUUAUGUGCUUGUAUGGAACAAUUGCCAUUGGCUUGGUUCUUGCUGGAAGACUAAAAGAACUAAAAGUUAUUGAUAUUCUAACUGUCUAUUAUGGAAUAGAAAAUUCUUUUAUGGAUUUAGCACCUAAUGUUGUGCAGUGGUUAUUGGGAUCUUACAACACUCAGAUACUUCUUAUGGUGUUCCUUGCAAUCGUAGCAAUGCUGUUAGCUGGUUUCUUUGGUUACCAUGCAAAGCUUUGCCUUAGCAAUACUACCACUAAUGAGGUUUCUAUGUGGAUCACAGACCUUCAAGUGGCAAGAUUAUAUGGAUUGGCAAAGAAAGUUAAAAGAAGCAAAGGUCAGUGCUGAAGCCCUAAAACAAAGUAUCAGUGGAAUGAGCAGUGAAAAACAGCCCUUAUUAAGCAAGUGGAGAGCCUUCUUUCGAAAAUCACCUCUAGAAGAUGUGGUAGUUGUUAAGAAUAAUGCUUACGAUAAAGGUUUCUUCCACAAUAUUCAGGAGGUUAUUUUUCCUUUCUCUACAAGGCGGUCCUUUAUUCAAAACAAAUUCAAGUCCAGCUGAGUAUGCUCCUAGCAUACGUGUAUACGUGUCUUUCUUGGUGGUUAGUUGCACAUAAAUUGAGUUGGUAGCACGUUUACGCAUUUUUUUUAAGAUUACCCAAUAAGUCAUUGUAAAACCAGAAAUAUAAUAUAUUAAAUUCUCUGUUGUCUAUUAGUAUUCUAGACUAGCUGUAGAGUGAAAAUUGAUUGUUUGAUAGGCCAUGUGUCUGCAUUUUUCUUCUGUUGGUUGUUGUACUAUUUACUAUUUGCUAAAGUAGAAAUAUAUCAGUAUUUAAUGCAUUUAUUUUAUUUUAGAA